CUUUGGCACUUCAGGCUCUUACAUUUCUCUUCUUUCUGCUUAUCGUUGCGUUUCUUGCAUACUGCUUGUACGUAAAACGCAUUCAUAUGAAAUAUGACCACGUACCCGGCCCACCGAGGGACAGUUUUCUCCUUGGACAUUCACCAACGUUUUCAAGGAUAUUAAAAAAUGGCGGAAAUGUACAUGAACAAUUCCUAGAGUGGGCAGAGGAGUAUGGGCCUGUGUGCAGGAUAAAUGCUCUUCAUUAUGUUCUAGUGUCUGUGUCAUAUCCAGAAGCAACAAAGGUGAUCUUGAUGUCCUCAAAGUACUCCAAGGAUGCAUUUUCUUACAAGAGACUUUCCAACCUGUUUGGUCAGAGGUAACACUGACUUAUCAGUC